UUUUUUUUGAAAUGUCUGUCUCAACUCUAUAUACAAUAUGCUUCAAUUAUAUUAAAAAUCAUACAAAAGACAUAUCUUCACUUGAAGGUAUUCCAUUCAGCCCAGUAGUAGAAAGUCUUUUAGAUUUUUUAUUUAAAUCUAAAAUUCCAUUAAAUUCAUCUAUUCUAUCUAUUAUUUCACAAUCUCAUGCCCAAGAAUUGAGGAAAGCAGAUCUUGACUGGACCUAUUUGAAUCUAUCACAAGCUUUCACCAUAUCUGCUAUAGCUUCCCUCAAAACAGUAUCUGAUUGCUUUCCUAAAUUUAUUACAUGUCUCAAUCUGAGCAACUGUCAUAUUCAGGACACACAUAUUCCUCUUUUACGUGCCUUUAUUAAUCUAAAAAUAUUGGAUUUAACCGACAAUGUAGACAUUACAGAUCAUACUAUGAUACAUAUUGCUAAUAUGGCUACUCAUAAUAUCAUCAAUAAGGAUACCUUCAUUGGAUUACCAUUUUUAGAAGAGAUUUAUUUAACCCGUCUACCGCUAAUAACCGAUAAAAGUUUAAAGUAUAUACCAAAGGUUACGAAUCUUCUAUUUAUUGAUCUAUCUUAUACAAAUGUUAUACAAGAAGUUGCUUGUCAUUAUUUAUCUAUAAAAGGAUUUAAAAGGAUCAGUAGUUUAAGGGAAAAUAAAGUUGCUUGUUAUCAAACAAAGAUAAGGCAGAAUCCAAAACUGCAUGAGUUUAUCAAAGAAAUUACAGUAGUUGAUUUUGCUGAUGGUGAUAGUAAACAGUGGCAGAGACAAAUCAAGCCAACUCAACAGCAAAUAGCAAAAAGUGAAAACAGACACUAUUUACUAUGUUUUGCAAGAGAUGAAGUUAAAUACAAUUCUGCACCAUCAUUAUCCAUGACAAACAACAGAAAGGCCUCGACUCAGCAGCGACAAUUAGAAGGAAUAAUGAAUAGUAGAAAAGUCAUUGUUAAAAACGAAAAUUGGAUUUAAAUGAUUUUCUAGCCAGUUUUGAUUGAAGAAAGUACUUUCACUGUAUCAUUUUCAGAGUUUAUAGUGUGUAAAUUGGGAAGCAAUGAGCCUUUUUCGAUGACUAAUGAAUAAGAGACUUGUGGGAAGAGAGAAAAGAAAAAAAAAGGCCAUAAUCUAUAAAGCUCUUUCAUUUUUCUAUCUUCCUAUAUUACCACUACUAUAAGGAAUUUGAAG